GAUGCAUGCAUUUGUCUCAAAUGCUGUUAUAUAUGUUUGUAAUCUAUGCGAGGCUUGAAUCAAUCCCUCAAGACAAUCUGAAAUUUAAUCUGAUAUUCAACGCUACCGAGAUCAAUCCAUUUUCCGUCAAAAUGAAUCAUGUUUUGCUCAUACUCGUUGCGAUUUUUGGACUUUCCGAGUUAAGCUAUGCUGAAUCGGUGAUGAAAUAUGGAGCGGUCGGAGAUGGAAUUGCUGAUGAUACAUAUGCGUUCCAAAAGGCGUGGGAGAAUGCUUGCAAGGGAAGCUCCAAAAUGGCAAGUGUAAAUGUACCAGCGGGGAAGGUGUUCCUCCUCAACUCCCUUCACUUCACGGGUCCUUGCAUACCCAAACCUCUCCUUUUCACUAUGGAUGGAGAGAUGAUAGCGCAGAGUGAUCCAAACAAGUGGGGAAAAAGUGAGAACGGAGUAAUACCAUGGCUCAUAUUCGAUCAAGUGGAUGGACUUGCAAUCGUAGGGCGCGGCCUGUUGAACGGCCAGGGGAAAGCCUGGUGGGAUAUUCAUUGCAGAGACCAUCCCGGCCCCGAUUGCAUCUCGCUUGCACCAACGAUGAUGACAUUUAGCAACUGCGGAAAUGUAACACUAAAAAGUUUGAGAUUCAGAAACAGUGCACAAACCCAUGUUCUUGUGAUGGGAAGCCACAAUGUGUAUAUCGAUGAUAUCAAAAUAACUGCACCUGAGGCUAGCCCUAAUACCGAUGGUAUUCACAUCACAUCUUCCACAGCCGUUUCGAUCACUCAUUCUGACAUCGCCACUGGUGAUGAUUGUGUGUCUAUCGGAGAUCAAGUGAACAAUGUGAACGUUUCCUUCCUCAACUGCGGACCUGGUCACGGUGUAAGCAUUGGGAGUUUAGGUAGAGGAGGAACAGAGGUAGCAGUGGAAAACAUACGUGUGUGGCACGUUAACUUCACGGGAACAACAAACGGAGCUCGAAUCAAGACGUGGCCUGGAGGAACUGGGUACGCCCGAGGAAUCGAGUUCUUUGACAUUCGUUUCUCGUCUGUACAAAACCCCAUCAUCAUUGAUCAGUUCUACGGCUGUGCCCCUAAAUGCCCUCAGACUAGAAAGGCAGUUCACAUAGAGAAAGUGAGAUACAUGAAGAUGAGGGGAACAUCGGCUACAAAGGUGGCCAUGAAGCUUGAGUGUUCAGGGGAGAGUGUUCCAUGUUCCGACAUUUUCAUGAGAGACAUUGACUUAUCUCCGGCCAAUGGAAUUGAUUCUGUCUCCUCUCUCUGCUCUUUUGUUCAGGGCUCCGCACAAGGCAUCAUCCGACCUUCCUCCUGUCUCUAAUGACUAACUAUUUUAAUAAAAAAAGUUUCUGGGUGUAAAUUUUGGAUAUGUAUAAAUGUAAGGGUCA